UCUAUUCCCUUAAACAAAAGUAGAAAGAAAAGUUUGUUUAAAACAAUUACUGUACAAGAAAUCAAAAUAAAAAGAUUAAAAAAAAUUAACCCAGAUCCAGAAAGAAUGCCAAAGAGAAAAAGCACAUCAAAAAAAAUUUCAAGCACCAAAAAACAAGUAGUAGUUAGAAAAACAAGACAAAAGGCUGUGAAUAUAAGUUAAUUAAGAAGCUGUUUUUAGAAGUUUGCUUUGUUGGUUUUUAUGUUUGGUGUUGUUUGUUUAAAGUUAGCUUCUUUUUUUGUGUGUUAGGUUGGAAAUGGAGUUGAGCGAAAGCAGCAGCGGAAAUGUUGUCAUCAGUGUGGUGACAACACGGGUAAAGAUGGUGUGAUCGAUUGCGAGAAAUGCGGGUCGAAGCGAUAUUGUGUCGACUGCAUGACUAAAUGGUACCCUGAUGUUUCAGAGGAGUUUGUUAAGGCUUGCCCUGUUUGUAAAGACUCCAACAAAACUGUAGAAACCGAAGGAAUGUAUAGGGGACAUGCCGUUGGAGUGGCAGAAAAGAGGCUCUUAGAGGCUUUCGAGCUGCAUUACCCGAACGCAUACAAAUGUGGUGGAAUUGGCUCAGGAGCAUUCUGGCUCGGAAUAUUGAAAGAACUGUCCACUCUCAUUAAAGACUUUUUGGAAAUAUCUGUGGAAGAAGUAGUGGAGCAAGAACAAAUGACUAGACUUGAAGAGCAACUAAGUGGACUCAAAAAUGUUGGAUUUGAUUUGUCAUGGAUUGAGAAGAGGGUAAACAUGGUUAAGGAGGUAAGGUUUGGAGAUUACCCGUUAAGCCAAGACCUUCUGGUACUUCAAGCAUCCAUAGAACCACUCAAGGAGGAGAUGAACGAGAGACGAAUACAAUCCAUUGAAGCACAACAAUUGCUUGAAAAGGCUCAGAUCAAGUACGAUGCUGCUAAAAGGUCUAGAAUCAAGCUACACGAGAUGACACAGAAGUAUGGAGACGAACUUGUAGUAGCUGGUCGACUUGGUUCUGGCAUGCUUCCCGGGUACUAAUCUUAAGCUUAGAAGAUAUUUUUUCUUGAGUUUUGAAGGUGGUAACAACUCAGUAGUAGUUUGGAUUGAAGAUCACAAGACCAGAUAUCUCAACAUUCAGUUUGUUAUUAACCGCAUACAGUAGUAGCUUGAACUUAGCUAGCACAUCCAUCCAACCGCUAUUCCAUCCCCAUUAUCCAUUGAGCCCGCCCUGAAUAAACCCCCUUUUGCCGGAUUAAUUCUGAUGUAAUCAUAAAAGGCUUAUAUAUUUUUCAAUUAUGAUUGAAUAUAAUUGCCUACUUAUAUAAUAGUUCAUUUAUAACGA